UGUUGGUCCAGGAAACACCUGACAGUGGGAGGCCGCACAAAGCUGUCUCUCCCAUUCUACUGGGUGAAGCAUCAAUUAUUCAGCUCGCUCUAAAUGUGGGACAAGAGGAGGUCAGGCGAGAUUCUCCUCCCAUGCUGUGGAUGAUGCUGACUUGCCAGAAGGCUGAUGAUGGUAAUGAUGGUGAUGAUGAUGAUGAUGAUGAUGAUGAUGAUGAUGAUGAUGAUGAUCAGGCUGAUGUAAUGAGUAAUUGCAGACACGGAUUCAAUAAUGACUGAUGAUUCAUACUCAUACAGAGCACAGUUGUGUGGCUCAGCUGCAUAGAAUCAACCUCUGUGUUGUCUUGACUCAGAUGUGAAUCUCCACACAGCUACAAAACAAACCCAUGCGCGCGCACACACACACACACACACACACACACACACACACACACACACACACACACACACACACACACACACACACACACACACACGCACACACAGUAGGCUAUUGAAACAUUUCAGCACGGAUAAGCCUGGAUGAUGACACAGACAGAGCGUGCUGAUACAGUAUAGAUGAACCUGCUCGCACAGUACCCUGUGUUGCCAUAGCAACAAUGUAAGGCCUUUCGACAAGUCAGGAGGGUCAGGAGAAAGAGUUGUGAUGGUGCUGGGAUGGCGGGGGGUGCAGGGAAGUUUUUGAAGUGGAAACUCGAGGACAAAGGUUGAUGUGACUGACCCUUUUCCUCGUCCAGAGAAAAGUGGAUGCCGAGGCUGGGCCAACAGACAGGGACAGAGGAUACUGAUUGUCUGGUUGAGCUGCUGGUAUGUUGUAGGAUAACAGCUUGAAAACCUCCACAGCUAUGAUGAGCCUACCCAUGUGUUUAGCUUGGAUGCUACUUGACCUAAUGACAGUCCACAGCCAUGUACACAUGCAGGGCCGUAUAGUAGGUGGUCAUACCGCUGCACCAAACUCCAUCAAAUACAUUGUGUCACUGCAGAGCACGAGGGGCCAACACUUCUGCGGUGGAUCAUUGGUUCACAGAUACUGGGUGGUGACUGCAGCGCACUGUAACAUUGGGGCAGAGCACAUGAUGAUCGUGGCGGGCGACUAUAUUGUGAAUACCUUUGAGGGUACUGAACAGUACGCCAAACCCCACAGGCUGGUCACCCACCCCCUCUACAACAGGAGCACAAACAAUGCUGACAUCAUGCUCAUUAAGUUGCGAGCCCCCAUGGUGCUGAACAAAUAUGUGUCACUGGCGCCUCUCCCCAGGCAGGGGACAGGAGUGGUCGAAGGCUUGGUGUGUCGGGUCUCUGGGUGGGGCUACAACAGUCUGGGUGUUGGCCAGGCCCCCUUCACCCUAAGAACAGUCACAGUGCCCAUAGUUUCAACUGCAAGGUGCAACAGCAGCGAGUCCUUUAAUGGAAACAUCACAGCAAACAUGAUUUGUGCUGGCUACAGGACUGGAGGAAAAGAUGCAUGCAAGGGUGACUCUGGAGGGCCCCUGGUGUGUGGGGGCCAUGUCUAUGGGGUGGUCUCCUGGGGAAACGGCUGUGGUGAUGCCAAGUUUCCAGGAGUCUACACGGCUGUGUCCAAAUUUCGUCGAUGGAUAGACCAAACCAUCUACCGAUCAUACCAGCGCUGUACCAAAUACUGAAGAAGAUACUGACAAAACUGAAAUCACGAAAGCAACAAUUUACAUCUGAAAAGUGUAAAAUGUUUGUGCUGGCAUGAAUCAAAGGUGGUUCUGUAGAAAAUAUGCAGAACUUCUACUGAAUCACUGAUAAUAUUUAUAACACCAGUAUAACAGUGAUGAAUCUUGUAUCUGCUACAUUUGAUACUUUAUAAGCCUGUAUGUAAUUCCAGAGAACUUGUAUA